ACAAACAUCAAGAAGUGCAUAAUUUCUGCUUUCCAAACUCGUUCCAAUAUGGUCGGUACAAAUUAAUUUUCAAGGAAAAAAUGGAUCUAUUUCAAACGAUUUGCCGGAUUUGUGCCUCCCAAGAGGAGCUUUGCGACUUAACGCUUGAGCUCAACUUGCCGGUGCUGCACAAACUCACUUCGCUGACCACAAUACGGAUUCAGGAGAAUGAUUUGCUACCGCACUGCAUCUGCCUCGAAUGCGUCAACAAGCUGGCCAUGGCAUAUGAAUUUUUGUUACGCUGCGAAGCAGCCGAACAGAAACUACAGGACGAUUUGCGGAAGCUGCAGCAACAGUUAAUGCUCCAUGCAGAUGAUGCUGAAGGGGGGCUAGAAACGAGGUUAAUCGUUUCCGUUGUGGAGGAGACGGAAGAGCGAGACGACGGUUCUCCAGUUCCGUUUGAGGAAGCUGUGCUGAAGCUGGAAGGCGUAGAUUGUUUGGUUGAUGAGGAAACGGCGAUUUUAGUUGAAAAACCCGAGGAGGAGAAAGCUUUAGAAGAAGUCGAGGACACACAGGAUUUAAUUUUUGAAGAAUAUGAUAGGUUAAGUUCCGUUGCCAUAGUUUAUGAACCGGUCCAGGUCGAAGAUGUCGACUACGAAGGCUAUCUGGGGGAAACAAUCGUCGAAAGAAAACUCGAAGAGCAUUACGCUGGCGAUGAUGAUCUCAGUGAUGGUAUUGUGGAAGAACACGACUCUCUCGACGAAAUUGGGGAGGAAAUCGAAAUGGAAGAGCUGGAGAUGAAGCCAGCCCUUGGGGACUAUGGCGAUAAGAAAUUCUUUUGCGAAACAUGCGGAGAAGGUUUCGAAAAGUGUACCAUGUUGCAUAUACACAUCAAAUCGCAUGGAAAUCGGCGGUACAAAUGUGACCAGUGCGAUCGUUGGUUCUCCAGGAAAACUCAUUUGCGAGGUCAUGAAGUAAUUCAUACCGGCGAGAGGAACUAUCAGUGUCAUAGUUGUCCGAAUACCUACACAAGUUCAAGGAAUCUCCGAAGGCAUGUGAAAAGUGCCCAUCUGGGCGAGAAGCCUUUCGUUUGUGAUCUCUGUGGGAAAGAGUUUUCACAGAAAACGAUUCUGGAGACGCACCACAGCACCCACGUGCAGGACAAAAAUUUCGACUGCGAAGUCUGCCAGAAGAAGUUCAAAUCGAAAAAGUUGUUAGAUCUGCACCUCAAGCGGCACUUAAAAGUGAGCAUGCCGAAAAAUUCCGAGCCUUACGAUCCAGUCGAGUGCGACAUUUGUCAAAAAGUAUACUCCAACAAACUUUCGCUGAGAACUCAUAAACAAAUGCACACCGAUUUCAAGAUAGAGUGCAGUUUUUGUGGGAAGCACUUCAAGAUCAUGGCCCAUCUGAAGGUUCACCUGAGAAGUCACACCAAGGAGCAACCGUACGAGUGCGCAGAAUGUCACAAAAAGUUUGGCUACGAAUCGUCGCUCAAGACGCACAUGUUAACGCACACCGACGCACGACCUUACAAGUGCGGCACCUGCGAUACGACCUUCCGGCAGUUAAACCACUUGAAGGCGCACCAGCUUCUGCACACUGGUGCGAAACCUUUCGAGUGUGCCGUUUGUAAGAAAUCGUUUGCCCUGAGGAGCAACCUGACGAUUCAUAUGCGCAUCCAUGGGGAUUCCGAGGCUAGUCCGUAUCAGUGCCGGCUGUGCGAGGGCAAGAAGUUGAACGAUUCCAAUGCUAUCAAGCGGCACCUGAAGGCGCACCCGAGCGGGAAGAUUAUCAAGAUUGGGGCGCUCACAGUGAUCGUCGAAGGAGACGAGGAGGAGGCGGAAAGUCCGGGGGUCAAUAGUGUGGAGGAUUACUUUUCAAAGGAUGACUGUCAAACUGUUGGCAAGGAGAAAAGUGUUUAAACAGAGCGCUCGAGAUAGAGUUCACUAAUUAAAGUAUUCUUGUUAAUUGUAUCCCGGAGUUUUUGAUUAAAUAUCACGUCGUCAAUAGCUGACCUGCUCGGUCUUUCGGUGG